CGAGCUUCGACGACAUCUGCUCUCUCAUCGUUUAGCUCAAUUAGCAUUGCAAGGCUACCCCCAUGGACUUAACAUGCGGGGCUGCAAGCUCCCGAACCGCCCGGCAUGGGGGUAUAUUCACCCGAAUCACGGCGAACCAAAGACCUUACCUCCAUGACGACAUUUUACUGCACAUCCUCAACUUUGCCAGCAAGGAUCUACUUCGCACUCUCACACAGACGUGCCGCAUGCUCCAUAGCCAAGGCGCAAGAUACCUUCUCCGCGACGGCGUCUCCCUCGCAACCGACAAGCAAAUCCUGUCGUUCAUGCUCUUCAUCGUCCACAACAGCGGAGGCGAGCGGCCGCGCAUUCUGCGUCUCCGUGAGCUGACAUUGUCAAGGGAACACCCCUCGCACGUCGAGCGACCAGGCUCCAAUUCGGUGCCACCCUCUGAAGACCCCGGGAUGUUGCUUCACGGGCUCUUCGUCGCGCUCGGGUCAUUCAGUAUUUUGACCAGAUUGACAAUAUACGACUCUGAAGAGGUCCUGGGCUUGCAUCCCGCGCUUCCGGAGGCCAUCGCCGGGCUCCGCACGCUGUUACAGCUCAAUGUCUCCUUCGUCGGGCCCCGCACUGUCCGGAUGCUGAAGGCGCUCCGCUCCGCCCUAUUCUGGGCCGACAUCAGCAUCGAAUCCGAAGUCGAGCUCCCCCUCGAAGACAAGAACCCGAUGUUGCUCCUGCACAGCUCCCGGGACUCCUUGCGGGGGCUCUCCGCGACCUUCUCCGUCAGCACGCCCGACAGCCCUCAGUACCCGCUGCUCACGACCCUCCGGCUCAGCUACACCGACGCCCUGCGAACGCAGCACUACGCCCAUGCGUUCCCGCAUCUACGCACCCUCACGACCUGGGACUGCUGCGGAUGGGACCACGACGAAAGCAUCGAAGAGCUGCGCAUCCAGAACCAGUCUGAGCAGGAGCGCCUCGGGACGUGGCCUGCGCUGGAGAGCUACCAGGGCACCAUCAUGAACCUUUAUCUGCUCGGGAUUCGCUGUCCCAUCCGCACGGUCGCACUCAGCCACUUCGAGGACGAGCUCGAGCCGGAAAUGCUGCACGCGGUGCUGGGGGACGCGCGCCCGCGGCGGCUGCAGCUCCGCAUCGAGGGCGGGUACUGGCUGGUCGCCCCUGAGUUCUUGGAGACGUUCACGCGAGCGGGCGUCGAGGCGCUCAGGCGGUUCGAGCUCAUCGUCCAGCUGGAAGAGGCUGAUCGCACUAUGUGUGUUUACACUACUUUGGACUCGAUUUUACUGAGCAUUGUUCGCCCGCUGAAGGACCUUGUCUCGUUCAAGCUAUGCUUCGACUGCUCGUCUAUCAAACGCGACGGAUACGGAAUGAAGACACGCCAAAAUGAUCCGCUUGAGCGGCAUGAACAGGAUUUGGCAGACUGGGACAUCGACGACUACGCGCAUCGCAUAGAAUACGAGGCCAGCACAAAGAUCCAGUCGAUUUCUGUGUCUUUGAAGGGGCAUCGCACACGGGCUGCCGAGACGGUCACGCUUGGCGCGAAAUGGUCGAUCAAAGACAACUCAAGCGACGACGAAGACGACGGAGGCAAACACAGCACCAAUCAAAUGUAGUGUCGUCCUUCAAGCACCGAGCGAAGACUCUCUACAAUCAUUGCUUCCGACAUAGAUUCAUCGUAUGUUA